UAAUUUGGAUUCGGAUUAAUAUGGCGAUGGCCCGCUUGGAACUGAUUGUGCUGCUGGUGGCAUUUACCACUAUCCUAGUUCGAGCCGAAGAUGGCUUUUUGAAAGAGCCGCCAGAUUACAUCAAAGAGUGUAGGAUAGCCGACAAGGACUUUGUCAACUGCUCGACGCACAGCAUCCAGCAGCUUUUCGAUAAACUCAACGAUGGCAUUCCCGGGCUCACCAGCAUCAAGAGCUUCGAUCCCUUCUAUCUCAACCGCAUCCGGAUCACGCAGGGCAAUAGCAACGCGAUCAACCUCAAGGUGGAGCUGGCCAACGUGAAGAUUGUUGGGUUCGGGCACACGAACGUCCUGGAGAGUCAGGUGUUUAAGAAGGACUACAGCUGGAAGACCACCUUUACACUGCCCGAGAUGAAGCUCCAGGCGGACUACAGUCUCUUCGGUAGGAUCCUGCUCAUCCCGCUCAACGGAAAGGGCCAGGUGUUCCUGGACGCGGAGAACAUGACGGUCACCAUGCACACGAAGACGCGGCUCUACUCCAAGGGCGGGUUCACUUUCUACAACGUGACCAACCUGCACGUGGACUUUAAAAUGGACGGGCUCAAGUCGUACUUCUCCAACCUGUUCAAUGGCAAUAAGCAACUGGAGGACAGCACCAACAAGUUCUUCAACGACAACUGGCGGAUGCUGGCCGAUGCCCUGUACACGGUCAUCACCCAGACCAUCGAGGACAUUCUGCUGGAUGUGCUGAAGAAGAUCUUCCACUUCAUUCCGGCCAACUUCUUUGUGAGCGACAUCCCGACGCCGGAACAGCUUUAUGGAAGGGCCAAGCCGAAACCGAAAUGAGGAAAUUGUCCGUAGAAUUUGGGAGUGGGAAUCCUGUGAAAAGUAGCCAAUAAAG